AUGCAGUAUUUCUAUUUUUUUAAAAUAGGAAAAGAAGAUCAAAAUAAAUGAUAACCAUGGGUAUAAAGAUUUGCUAGAUACAGAUCCAUUAGGCGAACAAUUUACUUAAUUCUAAACACAGUAUUAAUAAUUUACAUUAUUUUAAUUGCUUCCUCCAAUAUAUUUAUACCUACAUAUAUAUUACUUAUUCAAAACAAUUUUGAACUCAAAAAUAAGUAGAAUAAUUAAACAACAAAAUGAAAACUAGAAGAUCAGUCUCAGCUCAACCUUCAUACUAAUCUGAGGAAGACUAUAUAGAGAGAAAUAAGCAUAUUUGCAAAUCAAUUCAUCCCAAGUUAACAUUUCGAUAGAUUAGAAAUAAAUUGUCCUCUGAAUGGAAUAUUUUAUCUAAUAAACCAAAAGUAAUUCUUUUUUAUCUAAAUUAGAAAUAAACAAGAUUAGAUGACUUUGUAAUUCAAUUAAGUUCAUCCCCUAACCACAACGAAAAGCCGAUUUCACAAAAAUAACAAAAAAAGACAACUAAAUAAAAAUAGCUAAAAAACCAUCAAAUUAGCAAAAAUCAAAAGCCUCCAUAAAAUAAAAAAUUGAAAUAAAUAACUAUCUCUCCUCCACCAAAGCAAGUACCAAGUAUAGUAAUUACUGAUUCCGAAUCUUUAAAAAUUAGUUUGACUUCAUAAGAAGAAAAGUAACCUAUUGUAAGAGAGAAUCCUGUAAUCAUUUCUACUAAUAGUCUCCAAAAUAAGGACCCUAAUUAACAGCCUUAGAAAAAAAUAUCAAAUGUAAAAAAGGAAGAAUCCAAGUGUAAUUUCACAGAAAAGCAAAAAAUUUCAAAAGAAAAUAAAAAACCUAAAAUAAAAUUACCUAUUCAAAAAUUGAAGUUAAGAAGAUUAAAAAAAUUAAGCAAACUCAAAUCAAAAAGUAAACCUGGAAUACCUCCAGAAUUUCAACCUGUAUUAGCAUAAGAUUUUAUUAACUCAGUCAAAAAAUUUGAUCAUGUUAGCAUGAUUACAAUUUCAAAUUCUUAAGUUGAUUAAGGUUAAGUUGGAUUAGAUGAAAUAUAAAGCAUUGUAUCUCAUACAUAUGGAAUAAUAGAUCAUGGAUUAAGUAAUUCCGAAAGAUUGAACUUUUAAUUGUUUUUUGAAGUUGAAUUUUCACCUAAAGAAAAUGGUUAUGUUCCAAAAAAUACAUUUUGUACAUCUAAGCAAGCUGCCUUUUAUUGCAAAGAGUUGACUUUGGAAUACAUAUCAAAACACAAAGAUAUAUUUACUUAAAAUGAUGAAUAUUAUUUGAAAUGA